UCGGCAGAUACUUUUAUUUAAAAUAUUGUGCUUUGUUCGCUACUUUAUUGCUUGAGUUGUCAAUGCAAAAUAAAGAGAAAUACGCUCGAAUUGUUUGCUUUACUUAAUAAUGACUUCCAUUUCAUUUAUGCAGUUCUCAAAGUCCCUGCCAUAGCGUAAUAUCACAUAUUUGUUUAACAGUUCUAAAAAAUGGAUUUGCCUGCUAAUAGACACCAUAUAAUCGAACGAGAGCUUAGGAAACAUGUGUUGCAAAUAUUCUUGCAAAUAACCCACUGUACAAUCUUUGUAGAGACAUACCUUUUUAGGGGCCUUAUCUCCUAUGUAACUAAUAAGAUACCUAAUACUCCCCGUAUUUCUGGUAAUCUUGGCAUUCCCAGUAUUCAUGAUAGUCCUGGCGACCCUGGUAUCCGUGGCAUUCGUGGUACACUAUCCACUCGAUUGGUGCUGGCAACAUGAUUAUGAUGUUUGGUUUUAGCAGGAGUAUCGACAUGCGGCACCUUGUUUGGUGUCUUAAAAAGGUCUGAAAGAUGUUUUAAAGAUUUAAAAUAUGCAAAAUGUGUUUGAUAUGUUGGAAAAUGAUAAGCAAAGUAGCAGUUGUUUUACUGUGGUUGUGUCCUUCUAUUUAUAUGUUUGAAUAACCGCUUGAUAUUUUCAAAUAUAAUACUGUGUUUGUGCCAUUAGAGAGAGAAAAACAGCGCGGGAUGCACACAUCCA